AUAUAAGGGAGACGGCCUCCCCUUCCAUCCACCAUCAACGCGUCACAUCGACUUCGUUUCGUUCCUUUUCUCCCUUAAGUCUCGUAUACAAGUCGUGAACUUACUUUCUCACAGCUUGACGCUAACGGUCGAUCUUCUUCAUUAAUUUACUGCAUCUAAUUGUCAUAUCGACAUCUUCUAUCAUUUCAUCAACUUCUUCAUCCUUCAAAAUGAGAUUCUCUGUCUUCCUUUCCUUGAUUGCUGGUGCCCUCGCCUACAACGAUGUCACUGCCCCUGCCACUAACGCUGUUAUCCAAGAGGGUGGUGGUGUCUACACCGUCUCCUGGAACAACCAAUCUGGUUCCUCCGUCACUUUGACCUUGUACCGUGGCAGCAACGGUGCUUUGACUGCCGUCGACACCAUUGCCUCCGGUGUCACCAACUCUGGUACCUACGCCUGGAACGUCCCCAACUACUACCCCACUGCUGACGACUACCUUAUCCAAAUCUCUGCUGACGGUGUUGAGUCCAGCUACUCCAAGUACUUCACUCUUCAACUCUGCUCCACUUGCAGUUCCAGCUCCACUGCUCUCUCUUACAGCGGUGAUGCUGCCAGCACCGUCUCUGUUGCUGCUUCCGUCAUUGGUACCCGUUCCGAGUCUUCCACCUCUAGCACCAUCACUAGCUCUGUCUCUGCCAGCUCCUCCGAGUCUGCCAGCUCUGCCUCUGCCACGAGCAGCAGCGACUCCGAGUCCAGCUCUGCUGCCUCCUCUUCUGAGUCCGAGUCCUCUGACUCUGCUUCCAGCACCAUUGCUGCUUCUGGCAACUCUACUUCUUCUUCUCGCAGCCACACCACUUCUGCUGCCGUUGCUGCUGCCUCUUCCAACAUCACUGCCAACGCUACCAGCUCCUUCGUCACUGUUCGUCCCACUUCUAAGGUGAACAGCACCAGUGCCAACGGUAGCAACACCACCAACUCUACUACUAGCAUCCCCAGUGCUGCCACCUCUUCCUUCAGCAGCCGUGGUGCUUUGGCUUUUGCCGUUGGUGCCGCUUCUCUUUUGGCUUUCCUCUUCUAAGAAGCUUGAAGUCUGAUUGCUGAAACGGGUAAUAUGAUGUUUUAACUGCUCCGUAUGCAUACGUACGUAUAUACGCUGUGUGCCGUUAUGACGAGUAGGAUGGUGUUUGCUGGUUGACUACUUGGAUAGAGCGCCGGUGUGCUAUUGCGCUCUCGUUAUCUGAGACACUGUUUGAUUUAAUUCAGCCAGCACACUUUGAUUCGUUUCAUUUCUUUCCCUCUGUGCCUCCGCCUGGAUAUUACACCCUUUUUGUGUUUUUGUAUUUCUUUUCAUUUCGCUGCAUCUUAUACUGAAAUCUAUGCAUUUGUUCAUAUGUGUUAA